GCUUUCGGAUUCGGAUUGGAAUUUUUAGAGGAGACUUAAGAUGAAUUAUGAAACAGUUAUUCCUGUACCUUCGGAGAAUAUGGAUAAGAAACCCAACUAUGAAACUGGGCAGGGUAUAACAGAUUAUGGUCAGGACUUUGAAUAUGGCACGAGUGUUGCCACUUCCAUGCAUAUGGUACGCCUAGGCUUUAUUCGCAAGGUUUAUGGGAUUCUUUCACUCCAACUGGGUUUCACUGUUUUUCUUUCCUCUCUAUUUAUGUUGAACCAAAGUAUUUCAAUGGUGGUCCUGAGGAAUCCUUGGCUCUUAUGGAUUGGACUACUUGCAACAAUGGGUGCCUUAUUCGCACUUGUCUUUUAUAAGAACCAGCAUCCCAAAAAUAUGUACUUGUUAGGGAUUUUUACUUUUGGAGAGUCUUUCAUGGUGGCAACAAUUUGUGCCUUGUUUCGUUCUGCUGGUCUAGGUGUUAUCGUAUUUGAAGCUUUCUUACUCACAGCUUUGGUAUUUACCAGUCUCACUGCUUAUUGUUUUUAUAGCAAGAAGGAUUUCUCUUUUCUUGGAGGCUUCUUAUGGGCAGGAUUACUCUGUUUGUUUGGAGCAGCAAUGAUAAACAUGUUAUUGGGUUGGACCGGAAAUUUUUCUCCAGGUUUCUCAUUUCUCAUAUCUGUCAUGGGAAGUUUACUGUUCUGUGGUUAUAUUCUAUUUGAUACGUCUCUAUUGAUCAAUCGGUUGUCACCAGAUGAGUAUAUAUUAGCAGCAAUCAGUCUGUAUUUAGACGUUAUCAAUUUAUUCAUGUACUUGUUACAGAUACUAUCCUAUUUACAAAGAGACAACUAGAACAAGAUAGCCAUCUUUUUUUUACUAUUGUGAUGUAUUCUGUUGCCUUCCAUAGUAAAGAUAGUAUUUGAAGACUCUAGAGUUCUGAUUCAAGCUGCUUGACGAUACAAGAGACUAGUUGCAGCAAUGGUUGGUCUGAAGUAUCAUAGUGUUUAUCUCCCAAAGCUUUUUCUUCUUCUGUUAAAAGUUCCAAAGCUUCCAAUUGACUUGACAACAAGGUCGAAGGCAUAAAGUGGCCUAGUCUUGUAUGCAGUCUUUGCAACAAAACUUGUGUUCUUGCAGAUAACAAAAAGAAAAUACAUCUAUCCACCCAUCCUUGUAAGGAGUUUCUUAGAUAUUGUCGAUAGGAUAACUUUAGUACACUGCAAGCACAGAAUAUAAAAUACUCUUUCGUUGGCUCUUGUCUUUCAUAUUCGAUGGCUUGUUUCCCGAUUACUUUAAUCAAUUCUU